UGUGUGUGUGUGUGUGUUGGUGUUUUCGGGGUGUGUAUGUGUGCGGUGUUUGAGCUCUUUGUCCACCUGUGGGUCUGAAGGACGCGGUCGGGAUGGGGUGCACGCUGAGCACGGAGGACAAGGCGGCGGUGGAACGCAGCAAAAUGAUCGACAGGAACCUGCGGGACGACGGCGAGAAGGCGGCCCGGGAGGUCAAACUGCUGCUGCUCGGUGCUGGCGAAUCAGGAAAAAGCACAAUCGUCAAACAGAUGAAGAUCAUCCACGAGGCCGGCUACUCAGAAGAGGAGUGUAAGCAGUACAAAGCCGUGGUGUACAGCAACACCAUCCAGUCCAUCAUCGCCAUCAUCAGAGCCAUGGGCCGCCUCAAGAUAGACUUUGGCGACGUUCAAAGAGCAGACGACGCACGGCAGCUGUUUGCGCUGGCGGGCUCGGCGGAGGAAGGCUUCAUGACGGCGGAGCUGGCCGGAGUCAUUAAGCGGCUGUGGAGGGAUGGCGGCGUGCAGGCCUGCUUUAGCCGCUCGCGCGAAUAUCAGCUCAACGACUCGGCGGCAUACUACCUGAACGAUCUGGACAGGAUAUCCCAGCCCGCCUACAUCCCCACACAGCAGGACGUGCUGAGGACCAGAGUCAAAACCACGGGCAUUGUGGAGACGCACUUCACGUUCAAGGACCUGCACUUCAAAAUGUUCGACGUCGGCGGUCAGCGGUCCGAGAGGAAGAAGUGGAUCCACUGCUUCGAGGGCGUCACCGCCAUCAUCUUCUGCGUGGCACUCAGCGACUAUGACCUGGUGCUCGCUGAAGACGAGGAGAUGAACCGAAUGCACGAGAGCAUGAAGCUGUUCGACAGCAUCUGCAACAACAAGUGGUUCACGGACACCUCCAUCAUCCUGUUCCUCAACAAGAAGGAUCUGUUUGAAGAGAAGAUCAAGAAGAGCCCGCUGACCAUCUGCUACCCAGAAUACACUGGCUCCAACACGUAUGAGGAAGCGGCCGCCUACAUUCAGUGUCAGUUCGAGGAUCUGAACAAGAGGAAGGACACGAAAGAGAUUUACACCCACUUCACCUGCGCCACCGACACCAAGAACGUGCAGUUCGUCUUUGACGCCGUUACUGAUGUCAUCAUCAAAAACAACCUGAAAGACUGUGGUCUCUUCUGAGCGGGACGACCAACGAGACCACGACGAGCCGUUUCCUGGUGGUGGAGUCGGCAUAUUGUGCAUCUUUGGGGAAGACGAGAAGAACCUGGAGGAUCAGUUCUGGACCAGUGCUGUACUAUAACGCCACUUUUAAGAGUUAUUUAUGUUUUUGUCUUCGAGACAUUUUCAAGUAGUGUUUUUGACAUUUGUGUAGGAUGUUUGUGUCAUUGUAAAAGCUACAUUGCAAAUUUGACAUAAGUUUUCCUUUUUAACUCCUUUCGUUUGUAUGUUUUCGGAGGAGAAGGCGGCGGCGGCAGUGUCUCCGGAAGCGGAAUCUUUGCUGCUGGUGGAAAUGCUUCUUUUUCUUCCUUCCCACCAGCCGUCGGGGACGAGGCUCCGCCGUGAGCCCGGUUUGUUGGUACUCGUGCCUUGGCAUGUCGCUCGUUCUGUUGCCUGCUGAAUUGUUCGAAACACAAACUGUUUCCAUACGUUCGCGUCAUCGCUUUCGUCUGUGCACACCGCUCCACUAUUAAGAUGAGGAAGAGUCCCUCUGGUCUGAAAGUACAUGGGUCUCCAUGGUGAUGGACAUGUAGCCUCCACAGUCCUCCUACCCCAUCACCGCCACUCCCCAUGACAACGGUAGGCCCAUCAGGCUGUGCCUACAGUAAGAUACUGAGAUGUACAUUGCUAACUUAAACCUGGGGUCCUGGCUUGUAAACAUUCAUUCUCCAUCAUUUGGAAAGCGGUUACUUGCGGCGCUGAGGGGGCAGCGCGCUCAGACCCGUCAGCACAUUUUACUGUAUAUUCUAACGUGUUACGGAGAAAAAAAAUGAAGCACAGAAAAGACAGUUUUAACAACGCGGGGGGGGGGGGGGGGGGGGGUUUAGUGUUCAGACAUCGUUCUUUUUUUUUUUUUUUUCUUUCUUUCUUUCUUUCUUUUAGUGACACUUUAAAGCAAAAGCACAGCUUCGGGAUCUGUGAAGCUGGUGUCGAACAAGGGAGCCUGUUCUGUGGUUCCAGAUCAGUACGACUUUGCCAACAAGAGUGACUUAAGAAAAAAGGAAAAAGUCCCUGAUUUCUUCAUAUGGAGAAGAAAAAAAAAAACCUGCCACAACCUGUUGAUGUACGUGUAUGUUCUCCAUGGAUGGAGAAUCUUUGUAGAUUCAUCUCCCUUAUUUUGCUAAUAAAAACCAUUUACAAGCCA